GGAACGUUUAAGAGAACGGGUUGGGUUUUGCGCGCAGCUCAGGAACCGUUCUUGCAAAAGGAGGGAUUGUUGUAGAGUUUGCAGAAUCAAGUAAAAAUGGCCAGAAUUGAGAAGUUUGCUUUGCACAUACCAAGCUUGGAAGAAAUUGCUGGGGUUUUGCAGAAUGGACUUACAGAGAACUACGCAGAUGUUCAGGUAUCCGUGGUGGACUGUCCGGAUCUGACUCAAAAACCCUUCUGCUUUCCUGUGAAAGGCAUUUGUGGCAAGACAAGAAUUGCCGACGUGGGAGGCGUUCCCUAUCUCUUGCCUCUAGUACAAAAAGAUAAGGUUUAUGACCUGAAUGUUGUGGCAAAAGAAAUUCAGCUCCCCGGAGCAUUUUUUCUGGGAGCUGGAGCUGUUUCGUCUAGAACGGUUGGCGGCAACGCUGAGCUUAUUCCUAUUGUUCAAGCCCAAAAUGAGAACAACCCUGCUAUCAAUGGAAGUUACAUGGUCAAGAUUAAUCCCGAGGAUAGUGGGUACCUGCUGGAGAAGUACAGCACCAAACAUCAUGGCUGUGACUUUGGGCUGCUGGCUAACCUGUAUGCUAGUGAAGGCCUUCCUGGCAAGGUCAUUGAAGUAAAAGCAAAUAGAAGAACUGGGGAACAGAACUUCAUAUCCUGCAUCAGGAAAGCCUUAGAAAAACAUUACGGAGACAAGCCAGUGGGGAUGGGAGGUACUUUUGUGAUUCAGAAGGGGAAAGCGAAAAUUCACGUUAUGCCAUCAGAAUUUUCUGCCUGUCCGUUAAACACCGAUGAGGAUGUGAACAACUGGCUCAAGUUUUUUGAAAUGAAGGCUCCACUCAUUUGUCAACCUGUGUUGGUUUCCAGAGAUCCGGGCUUCGAUCUACGUUUGGAGCAUACCCACUGCUUCAGCCAUCAUGGCGACGGAGGACACUACCAUACAGACACCACGCCAGAGACUGUCGAGUAUUUGGGAUAUUUUGCUCCUGCCGAGUAUCUCUUUAGAAUUGACAAACCCCAGGAAACGCACAUGGUUGGUCGAGAUUAAGUCAGCAGGAAAGCGUUUUAACAGAGAAGCGAGAAAACAGAGUGUUGCUGCCUAUAUGCUUUCAACUGUAAUAUCAGUCACGUAACUCUAAGCACCACAGCAAACAGAGCACUUAUUUUUAUAUGGUUUUUAAAGGGCAUUUUAUAUGGAUUGUUUUGAUUGGAAAGUACAGCUGAAGUGAAUCUUAUGAGAGAAAAAUCAGAAGCCAAGUGAUUAAAGGAUCCAUGUUUAAGCUUCCAUCUCUUUGCCAUUCCAGCAACUCCUUUUAGCAGCAGGCCGGUCAGAAUGGCAGGCGAGGAGUCUGGCCCUGUUCCGUGCCUAGACAGCGAAGCCAGCGGGUAUCUUCACCUUAUAUUGUAUUUCACUUGCACUACGUAAUCCUCCUUGUGUCUCAUGAGAAAGGCGGACUAUAAAUCAAUAAAAAUAAUAUCUCACAGAAGAGCCCUGCUCGAUCAGACCGGGUCGUCCAUCUAGUCCAGCAUCCUGUUUCACACAGUGGCCGACCUGUUGCCAUGCAACGAACGGCACAGAGGCCGAGGCUGUCCACUGAUACUGCCUCCUACCACUGGGAUUCAGAGGUUUACAGCCUCUGGGAGUGGAGGGUUCCCUUUAAUCACCAGGGUAGCACAGUAUUUUAUACCUACAGUAGUAAUUGUUUGUACGUAUUGUCUUUGUGUAAUGUAUACUGCUGUUGCGUUGAUGAAGAAGUGAUGUUCCCUUCAGUUAUCAUGACUGGUAGCUCCUGAUGGACCUAUCCUACACGCAUCUGUCUCAUCCCUUUGUAAAGCCUCCUAUGCUGGUGGCCAUCUUGGCACCCAAUGGCAAUGAAUGUCCGCAAUUCGAUUACUAAUUAAUAACAACAAUAAUAUAACAACAUUCAAUUUAUAUACCACCCUUCAGGACAACUUAAUGCCCGCUCAGAGCAGUUUACAAAGUAUGUCAUCAUUAUCCCCACAACAAUAAUCACUGAGAGAUGGGUGGGGCUGAGAGAGCUCUGAGAAGCUGUGACUGACCCAAGGUCACCCAGCUGGCUUCAAGUGGAGGAGUGGGGAAUCAAACCUGGUUCUCCAGAUUAGAGUCCCGCACUCUUAACCACUACACCAAACUGGCUCUCUUCUUAAGUGAAGAAGUACUGCCUUACUUCUGUCCUGAAUCUGUUGUCCAAUGUCUGUCCCCGAAUUCUAGUACUGUACGAGAUCAAAGAGAAAAAAAAGGAAAGAGGCCAGAAAGAAGGAUUCGACAUCCUUGUUCCCUAUUGUCAUGUCUGUCUGAGACCACUGUCUGCUCCAACAUUUUUCAGAGAUGAGAGGGUGUUAGCACCGCUCUGCAGACCAAAACGUGCUUUGUAUUCACAACAUUCCAGUGUCGUCUGGUUUUGUCCGUGUGUUGAGUUUAGGCAAAACUAGUUCAACAGCUACCAUUCUGUUAGGCUUGCACUGCAAGUUGGAAUGGCAGGAAGCAAGAAAAUAAAGUAACAGGAAUAGGUAUUAACAUUUUUGCUGAGGGAUUUUCCUGCCAAGAGUGCAGCCUGGUUAUCAAAACAAAAUUGGUUUGAAACGAAUGAGUUCUUUUCCCUCUGCAUCUAUUUCCCUCCAUACUUUUUCACCCCUUCAAAGCUUCUCCAGGUGAAUUGAAAAUUCAACACAAGCCUUGCAAACAACACCCUCUUGUGUUAUCUGGACUAGCAGGGGCUUGGGAAAGUGUUGAAGUUUUGUUGGAGUUGGUGGAAAUCUCAGAUCUGUGAUGAAUAAGACAUUUACAGCUAGGAGCAGAGCUUCUGUGAAAAGCCUCAUAGCUCUCCCUUGCAUGUUUAAGCCCAAUUGUAUACACAGGAUUACAGCUUCUAUUACCGAAUCCUACCCUAUAAAGCAAGAAUCAAUACCAAUAAAACAAUGUAAACUCAGAGAUGUGAUAGCAGGUUCUGUGCUCCCUCUUUAUGGGCUGAAAGACCUUGAGCCACCAUGUUCAGUAUUGAGGGUUUUUUUCCCUUGGGUAUUGUCAAAACUUGACACUAAAGUGCUCUGAAUGUUGAUACUGCCAAAUAAAAUGUAUUAAAAUCUA